CACUUCUCUUUACUCCAGCACUUCACUGCUUAUUCUGCAGGCUGCACCCUCAAAUCUCAUACCUCCUGGACACGGCUCCCCGCACCCUAUGCUGCCCUCCUUCACCCAGCCCAUGAUGGACCCCCUGCCUCUGCUCAUCUACCUGUGCACAGUGCUGGCACCGAGCCGUGGAUUCAGCGUGGACGUGGAGGUACCCAUCACCUUCCAGGAGGCUGCCGCAGGGUUUGGGCAGAGCGUGGUGCAGUUCGGGAGUGCCAGCACCGGGGGGCUGCUCGCCGGGGCCCCGCUGCAGAGAGGAGACGUGAAUGAAACCGGCAAAGUCUACAAGUGUAACCCAGGCUCCAGAAGCUGCCAGGCGAUCUCCAUCCAGAGGCCCCCGGAUGCAGUGAACAUGUCCCUCGGAUUGUCUCUGGCGGCCCAGGGCUCCAAUCUCCUGGUGUGCGGCCCCACGGUGCACCGGGCCUGCGGGGAGAACAUGUACGUCAACGGCUACUGCUUCCUCCUGGACCAGAGCCUCCGGCAGGUCCAGCGCAUCCCGGACACCCUGGCAGAGUGCCCCAGACGUGCCACAGACAUAGUGCUCCUCAUUGAUGGCUCGGGCAGCAUCGUACCUGAGGACUUUAUAAAGAUGAAGAUGUUUCUCGCUGAGAUCAUGAAGCGUUUCCGCAGCACCGACACGCAGUUUGCCCUCAUGCAGUACUCACACAGAUUUAGAGAGCACUUCGACUUCUUCCAGUACAGGAGGAGUCGCGACCCCAGUCGCCUCCUCAGGUCGGUCGUGCAGCUCCUGGGAGCGACGUACACAGCCACCGCCAUUCAGGAAGUGGUGCAGAAGCUGUUCACCUCUUGGAGAGGAGCUCGGGAUGAGGCCACCAAGAUUCUCAUUGUGAUCACAGAUGGGGAGAAAUCUGGAGACCCGCUUUCUUAUUCAGAUGUCAUACCUGAGGCUGAGAGAGCUGGAAUCAUCCGCUACGCCAUCGGGGUCGGUGAUGCCUUCUCCAGCUCUGCAGCCCAAUGGGAGCUACAGGAGAUCGCCUCUAAACCCACUGACGAGCACAUCUUCCGGGUGGACAAUUUCGACGCCCUCCAGGGCAUCCAGAGCCAGCUGCAGGAGAAGAUCUUCGCCAUCGAAGGCACCCAGUCCCAGAGCGGCAGCUCCUUCCAGCUGGAGAUGUCCCAGGAAGGAUUCAGCUCCCUGCUGUCCCCUGAGGGGCCUGUGCUGGGAGCGGUGGGAGCCUAUGACUGGUCCGGUGGGAUAUACUUGUAUGGGAGCGGCGGGAAGCCGAGCUUCAUCAACGUAUCCAGAACUUCCGCUGACAUGAAUGAUGCUUAUCUCGGUUAUUCAUCUCAGGUCAUCACAGCCAAUGGGCAGAGCAGCUACGUGGUCGGGGCCCCUCGCUACCAACAUGCCGGCAAAGUCGUCCUGUUCAGCCGGGAUACCAAGGAUGGGGAAUGGACACCCAGAUCACAGCUGUUGGGAGAGCAGAUUGGCUCAUAUUUUGGGGGUACACUGUGCGCUGUGGACCUCAACAGAGAUGGGAACACGGACCUGGUUCUAAUCGGAGCCCCCAUGUACCAUACACGUCUGAAUGGAGGAUGGGUCUAUAACUGCCUGAUUAACUGGCCGGGGAUGACACUGAUCUGCACCAAGACACUGCAGGGGCAGACGGGGCAGGCGUUCGGACGCUUUGGGGCCAGCAUGUCCGAAAUCGGGGACAUCAGCGGGGACGGACAGACGGAUGUGGCCAUCGGGGCCCCCAUGGAGAAUGACAAUCAUGGGGCCUUGUAUAUCUUCCAUGGGGAAAAGGGAGGCCUCAGUCCCCAUUACAGACAGCGCAUCGAGGGGUCACAGUUUCCCAGCAGGCUGCACUACUUUGGCCAGGCCGUCAGUGGCGGGACAGACCUGACGGGGGACGGACUGCCAGACAUCGCGGUGGGGGCAGAAGGGCAGAUCCUGCUGCUGAGGUCCCGGCCAGUGCUCAGAGUCGUGGUCUCCAUCAGCUUCCAGCCCCCCACGAUCCCAACCUCGGCCUUUGACUGCCAGGAGCAGGAGCAGCUCAACACGGAGGCCAGCAGGGCAAAUAUCUGCUUCACCGUCACUAAGAGCACCUUGGACAGCCUAGGCAACGGGAUCUCCAGCACCAUCCAGUACAGCCUGUCCCUGGACCCCGGGCGGAUGAAGAUCCGAGCCGCCUUUGACUCCACCGGCCCCGUCCUGAGCAAGGAACUGCGGCUCGGCAUUGAGAAGAAAUGUGAGACGUACCAGAUAAAGUUACCUAUCUGUCCUGAGGACACUCUGACCCCCAUCACCCUACGCCUCAACUACACCCUGACGGGGGAACCCAUCGCUGCUGCCAGUGGCCUCAGACCCAUCCUGAGUGAGGAGUCUGCACGGGUGUCUAUAGGCUCGCUCCCGUUUGAGAAGGACUGCGGUAGUGACAAAGUCUGCACUGAUGAACUACACAUUUUCUUCAAUUUCUCAGGCUUGAGCACCCUGGUGGUGGGGGUAACCCCCGAACUCAACACCACUGUCUCCAUCCAGAACCGUGGGGAGAAUUCCUACAGCACCAGUGUGCGAUUCUUCUACCCGGCCGCGCUGUCCUACCGCCGGGUCCUGCUGCUCCAGUCUAACAGGAGGGCCGUGGCCAUUAAGUGCAGCUCGGCGGGGCUCCGAGGAGCGACUCAGAGGAACAGCACCUGCCACGUCAACCACCCCAUCUUCUGGAGCGGGUCCGAGGCCGUCUUCAUCGCCACCUUCGACGUCGCCUCUGAAGCCGACCUGGGGGACAGGCUGCAGAUCACAGCCAAGGCCAGCAGUGACAAUGGCGGCCCCAUCACCGAGCGCAUGAUUCACCGGGCGGAGCUGCCGGUCAAGUACGGCAUCUUCGUCAUCCUCACCAGCCUCGAGGAGUCGACCAAGUACGUCAACUUCUCCGCCACGGAGGCAGGGACAAGUGAGCCAGUGACACAUCGGUACGAGGUCAAGAACCUGCGGCAGCGAAACGUCCCCCUCUCGGUCACGUUCCAGUUCCCCGUGGAGCUGAGCGGGGCCCGGGUGUGGGAUGCCUCUGAGGUCGUCCCCUCCAAGCCCCAGCUGGCUCAGUGCACCAGUGAGGCGGGAACGCCCGGUUCGAAGGACUUUGUGAAGCAGAUGAGCGAGCGCCCCCUGCUGGACUGCUCUGUGGCCACCUGUAAGAAGAUCCGGUGCAGAAUCGCCUCCCUGGAAAUGCAGCAGCCGCUGGAGUUCAUGAUCAAAGGGAACGUCAGCUUCCAGUGGGUCUCCCAGACUCAGCAGCAGACAGUGAGUCUGGUGAGCGAGGCCCGGAUUGAAUACGAGGAGAAGAAAUCCCAGGAAGGAUUCGUCCAGCGCCAGGUGCAGACGGUGGUGGAGCGCUCCGAGGUCUAUAACUACCUGCCCAUCAUCGUGGGCAGCAGCGUGGGGGGCCUGAUCCUGCUGGCUCUCAUCACCGCAGCCCUCUACAAGUUUGGCUUCUUCAAGCGCCAGUACAAGCAGAGGAUGGAGGGUGAUGGGGCCGAGCCGGCCCAGAGCGAUGCCUCCUCUCCCCCCGACGCCCCCCAAACAAUAGCUGCACCCACAUCACCUCCCCAUGGGCUGCUCCAGAUCCACACACCAAACGAGGACGCUGAAGAGGAUCUCUGUUGCAUUGAGGACUCGCCCGAGCUUCCAGAGCUGCCAGCCACUCCAGACACCAAGGAACUGCUGGGACUGCCAUUGGCCGUAUAUCCCAGUGAAAUGGAGGAUGACCCUGGGAUCCAAUUUGCCCUCAUGCAGUACUCGCACAGAUUUAGAGAGCACUUCGACUUCUUACAAUACAGUGGGAGUCGCGACUCCGAUGACCUUGUCAGGGCAGUCACACAGCUCAUGGGAGCGACGCACACAGCCACAGCCAUCCGGAAAGUGGUGCGGGAGCUGUUCACCUCUGGGAGAGGCGCUCGGGAUGAGGCCACCAAGAUUCUCAUUGUGAUCACAGAUGGGGAGAAAUCUGGAGACCCGCUUUCUUAUUCAGACGCCGUCCCCAAGGCUCAGAGAGCUGGGAUCAUCCGCUACGCCAUCGGGGUGAGCCGUGGCUGUUAUUCAUCUCAGGUCAUCACAGCCAAUGGGCAGAGCAGCUACGUGGUCGGGGCCCCUCGCUACCAACACGCUGGCAAAGUCGUCCUGUUCAGCCGGGAUACCAAUGGCGGGGAAUGGACACCCAGAUGGGAACUGCAGGGGGAGCAGGUUGGCUCGUAUUUUGGGGGUAGACUGUGCGCUGUGGACCUUGACAGAGAUGGGAACACGGACCUGCUUCUGAUCGGAGCUCCCACGUACUAUACGCCUCUGAAUGGAGGGCGCGUCUAUAUCUGCUCGUUUAGCCGGCAGGGGGUGACGCUGAGGUGUAGGAGAACACUGCAGGGGCAGACGGGGCAGGCGUUUGGGCGCUUCGGGGCCAGCAUGUCUGAAAUCGGGGACUUCAGCGGAGACGGACGGAGAGAUGUGGCCAUUGGGGCUCCCACGGAGAAUGACAAUCGCGGGGCCUUGUACAUUUUCCAUGGGGAAAAGAGAGGCCUCAGUCAGUACAGACAGCGCAUCGAGGGGUCACAGUUUCCCAGCAGGCUGCACUACUUUGGCCAGGCCGUCAGUGGCAGGAUGGACCUGAUGGGGGACGGACUGCCAGACAUCGCGGUGGGGGCACAAGGGCAGGUCCUGCUGCUGAGGUCCCGGCUGGUGCUCAGAGUCAGGGUCUCCAUCAGCUUCCAGCCCCCCACGAUCCCAACCUCGGCCUUUGACUGCCAGGAGCAGGAGCAGCUCAACACGGAGGCCAGCAGGGCAAAUAUCUGCUUCACCGUCACUAAGAGCACCAUGGACAGCCUAGGCAACAGGAUCUCCGGCACCAUCCAGUACAGGCUGGCUCUGGACCCCGGGAGGAUGAAGAUCCGAGCUGCCUUUGACUCCAACGGCCCCGUCCUGAGCGGGGAGCUGCAGCUCAGCAUCGAGACAAGAUGUGAGACGUACCAGAUAACGUUACCUCUCUGCCCUGAGGACACUCUGAGCCCCAUCACCCUGCGCCUCAACUACACCCUGUCGGGGGAGCCCAUUGCCGCUGUCCAUCGCCUCAGACCCAUCCUGAGCGAGGACUCCACCGUGAUGACUUCAGGCUUGCUCCCGUUUGAGAAGGACUGCAGCAGUGACAGCGUCUGCACUGAUGAACUACAAAUUUCCUUCAGUUUCUCCGGCUUGAGCACCCUGGUGGUGGGGGUCACCCCUGAACUCAACACCACUGUCUCCAUCCAGAACUGCGGGGAGAAUUCCUACAGCACCAGUGUGCGAUUCUUCUACCCGGCCGCGCUGUCCUACCGCCGGGUCCUGCUGCUCCAGUCUAACAGGAGGGCCGUGGUCAUUAAGUGCAGCUCAGCCGUGAGCUCCGAGGAGCAGACUCAGAGGAACAGCACCUGCCACAUCAACCACCCCAUCUUCUGGAGCGGGGCUGAGGCCAUUUUCAUCGUCACCUUUGACGUCUCCCCCAAAGCCGAUCUGGAGGACAGUCUGCAGAUCACAGCCAAAACCAGCAGUGGCAACGGCGGUCCCAUCAACGAGAGCAUGAUUCACCGGGCGGAGCUGCCAGUCAAGUACGGCAUCUUCGUCAUCCUCACCAGCCUCGAGGAGUCCACCAAGUACGUCAACUUCUCCACCGAGGAGGCAGGGACAAGUGCGACAGUGACACAUGGGUACGAGGUCAAGAACCUGCGGCAGCGAAACGUCCCCCUCUCGGUCACGUUCCAGUUCCCCGUGGAGCUGAGCGGGGCCCGGGUGUGGGAUGCCUCUGAGGUCGUCCCCUCCAAGCCCCAGCUGGCUCAGUGCACCAGUGAGGCGGGAACGCCCGGUUCGAAGGACUUUGUGAAGCAGAUGAGCGAGCGCCCCCUGCUGGACUGCUCUGUGGCCACCUGUAAGAAGAUCCGGUGCAGAAUCACCUCCCUGGAAAUGCAGCAGCCGCUGGAGUUCAUGAUCAAAGGGAACGUCAGCUUCCAGUGGGUCUCCCAGACUCAGCAGCAGAAAGUGAGUCUGGUGAGCGAGGCCCGGAUUGAAUACGAGGAGAAGAAAUACACCCAGAAGGAGGGAUUCGUUCAGCGCCAGGUGCAGACAGUGGUGGAGCGCUCCGAGGUCUAUAACUACCUGCCCAUCAUCGUGGGCAGCAGCGUGGGGGGCCUGAUCCUGCUGGCGCUCAUCACCGCAGCCCUCUACAAGCUCAACUUCUUCAAGCGCCAGUACAAGGAGAUGAUGGAGGACGCGAGGGACAGUGCUGUGGCCAGGCUGGACCAGAGCAACUCUGCCAAUGUCUGCCUCAGCCCCAACCUCCCCAAACAAUAGCCCCCCUGCCCCGCCCCGCCCCAGGGUACUCUGCUUCUCCCUUCCCGCACAUUCGCCCCCCAUGCACCGCUCUGGAUCUGCAUUCUGAUGACCUACUUGCACUCAGAACAUCACCCUAUAACAACCAUGUGGGGCUGGGAGUCUGGACUCAUGAAUUCUCUCCCCAGCUCUGGGAGGGGAGUGGGGUCUAGUGGUUAGAGUGGACGGGGAAAGCUGGGAGACAGGACUCCUGAGUUCUAUCCCCAACUGUGGAAGGGGAGUGGGGCCUAGAAGGUUAGAGCCAGUUCUAUCUCUGGCUCCAGUAAGGAACUGGGGUCUAGUGGUUAGAACGGGUGGCUGAAGCUGGGAGACAGGACUCCUAGGUUCUAUCCCAAGCGGAUGAGAGGUCUGUGAUAUGCGAGAUCAGAAUAAUAGGGGACGUGAACCCUCUCGCAAAGCAAUGGAUGCUAAGGAGCUCAGUGUGUUCAGUUUAUUAAAAAGAAGAUUGAAGUGUGA